AAACACCGGAAGUCAACAGACCGCGGAUUUUUGAAAAGAAGACGUUUUCUUGUGGAUUAGUUCUUCAUCAAAAACUACUUAUUUCCGAGCUUUUAACGCCAGCAGCAUGAUGUCUAUAACCGACCCGGCCACAAGUGAGCACUUCAUUAAAGCCAUGGAAGAGAUCCACAGCCAGCACCUCAAAGCUCUGGGCAAAAUUGCAGACAUGACCACCGAGCUGUCCCAAACACACAAACAGUUUAUCAAGUCUGCGCAAGAUACGUGUAUAAAGAAAUGCAAGGAUGAUGAGAUGCUGUUUGAUACUAUAGAAUCAUUCAAAAAAGCCUUGGAACAGAAGAGCAAAUCACUGAAGGACAAACGUCUAGCCAUUUCUGAAGUUAUGUCUGAGAUUGAGCAGAAGGAAAUGAAGAAAGAAGAAAUCAUCCACAAGAUUGAGAAACUCAAAGAGGAGCAAGCCAAGAGGCGAGAUGUGAUCGAAGCCCAGAACAAGGCGAACAAGAAGAGACUGAAAAACCUGCAGAAAGCCCGAUACAUGUUCCAGGAGCAUCUAGGGCUGGAGAUACGAGCCAUCAUGGGCAAAGCAGAAGUCUCAAGAGGAGAAAAACUGCAGUUUAUUUUCAAGAACAUCAACCGCUCAGAUUUAACAAGUGCCUACAUCGUCACCAUGGGGAUCAACGCAGAGGGGGUCUACCAGGUUGUGUCCAGUGACCCAGCUCUGGACUGUUUAACAAAUCUGGAAAAACGUCUUCAGGAGACCAAUAACCUUCCGGCUUUCCUCGCCAACAUCAGAAAAGAGUUCGUUGCUCUAGCUCGACAUUAAGGAUUCAUUUUUGGACUUUGAGAACAAAAAAAACUAACUUGCACCAAUUCUACUUUAAAUGCUUUUAUAGAACUAUUAACUUCUUUUCUGUCCUUUUAUAUAUUUCAUUUAUACAAGUAACAUGUCCUUAUCUUUAUAGUAAAUGUUUGUUUUUAUGAGCUCUGAGUGUUAUUUUGUAAGACCUCUUCAGACAUUUUGACAGUUUUUUCCAUAGACACUUCAACCACAUAAGUGCAGGGGAAGUGUCCCUUGUGUCCGUUAAGUUCUCCAAACCACCAGCCAUUCUCCUCCUUUGUGUAAAUGUUUAGAACGUCACCUGGAAUAAACUUUAAUUUUAUUAGACAA